AUGAAGAAAGCAGCAUCAAUAUGUACAAUAUCAGCUGAUUCAACACUAAUUGAAGCCAUUAUUGGUAACCAAGACUUAGCAGAUGAAAUAUUACUCAGUUUAUCUCCAAAAUCUCUAGUCAAGUCCAAAUGUAUAUCCAAGAAAUUUCUUUCUAUGAUCUCAAAUCCAUAUUUCGAACGUCGUUAUUCCCUCCUUCACCCCCCUUCUUUCUCUGGCCUUUUCUUGGUUCCUACAAUUAUCGGUUACAACCCUGAAAUCGAAUAUCUUUCUCUAGGUCAAUAUGAUCAUGAUCACCACCCAAAUGGACCGUUGAUAAGCUUUCUUACCACCCAAGGUUUCAAGAUUUUACAAUCUUGCAAUGGGUUAUUGCUUUGUUCAAGAAAUUAUUUUGGCAAACAACACAUAACAACAUAUCAUGUAUGCAAUCCCACAACGCGACAAUAUGUUGAUCUCCCUAGGAAUACCUUCAUGAAGGUAUAUCAUUUCGAGCUCUCAUUAGCUUAUGAUCCUUUAAGAUCGCGUUCUUACAAUGUUAUUUGUGUUCAAAUACUUGAUGAACAUCAAGGUCUAUGCCAAAUUUCAAUUUAUGAAUCAAUAACUGGUCUAUGGAUGCCUCACAAUGAGCUCUUUGUCGCGCCUGAGGGAAUAGAUUUUGGUCACGCGGUUUAUUGCAAUGGUAACAUUCAUUGGAUUAAGGGCUCUAAAUCUAAGGGAUUGUUUUUCAAUAUCGAUACUAAAUGCCUCAAAUCAUUGCCUGAAUUACCAACGAAAGAGCAUGAUCUUCCUCAUCAAUGCAUAUACGAGCACUUUGGCCAUUCACAAGGCUUUUUACAAUAUGUUGUUACAUCUCCUAGCCUACGACAUUUUGAAAUAUUCGAGAUGAACAAAGAUUACUCAAGAUGGCUGUUCAAAUUUAGGAUCGAUCUUGGUGCAUUGGCGCGCAAAUUUCCAAGCAUGGCUCGUAGGUCUCUUGGUGGCUAUAUUAUGGACUCGAGCUAUGAGUGUGAUGUGUUAUCAGUUUUUCGAGGACAAAAUAAUAAUAGUCAUUAUAAGGUUUUGCUCUCAAUCCCCGGUGAGGUUAUUGCCUACAAUCACAAGAUGAAAACUUCGUGGAAAGUUUGUGACUUGAAGGUUCGUGCUCAAGAGAGGCGUGUAUGGUAUAGAGUUUACUCUGCCUACGAAUAUUAUGAAACCAUUUCUCCUCUUUAA